AGUAGAAGGGCUAUAUAAAAACUGAGAAACAGAAAAGUUUUGGGUUAUUAUUAUUGACCGAACUUUAGCAACUGCAACAGCAUCAUCAUCAUCAUCAACAACAAUGUUCAAUUUUUCGACAGUUGUGCAUAAUCCUCAACCUCACACACUCUUCUUCUCCUCCUUUCCUUCUUCUCCCACACCCCGCAAGUUCCAAUCUUUUCAAUCUCUCAAAUUCCCCAGAAUCUUCAACCUCCACAACUCCCUCUCCUCAUCAAACCAAACCGACGACACCGAAGAACACGUCAUUGGAGAUUGUCUCGUUUUCGAAGAAGGCAUUUUCGAAGACCCCAUUUUUCCCAAUUCUUCCGAAAACCUAGUAGACAACAAAACAAAAAUCAUUUCAAACAAAAAGAAGAAGAAAAAAGUUUCAGCUACUGAGUCCGAAAAUUUGGUUCCUGAUAAGUGGAGAGAAGUUCAAGCAGAGAUAAACAUAACGAAGAAAGAGAGGCGUAAGAUAGCACAGGAAAUUGAGUUCAAUAGUAAGGUUUUGAAGAAGAAAAGAGGGUUGGUUCCUUUGAGGGAUAUGAAUUUGAAUGAUUAUAAGGCUUUUAAAGAAGCUAAAUUGGCUCAGUUGAAACCUUUGGUUCUUGAUAAGCCUCCAAGUUUUAGUUUUGCUGAGAAUGAGAAUGAGGAGGAAGAGAUAGAAGGUAAAUUGAGUGAUGGGUCUGGUGAUGAACGUGUUGAGGCUAGGAAUCCUAGGUGGGCUGUUUAUGGGAGAGGUUUGGAGGAUGUUACUGAGUUUUUGAACAGUGAGAGUUAUGAUAUUGCUGUUAAGGGAACUGAAGGUCGUCCUAAGUUGUUUACCAGAGAGGAGAAGGCUUUGUUGAGUAAGCGAAAGCCAGACUUGGCAGUUGCUACUUCAGAUAAAUGGCUUCCUCUCCACACACUUGCUGCAGGCGGGGAAUUUUUCCUUGUAGAAUCUUUGUUGAAGCACGACAUUGAUAUUAAUGUUAUGGAUAAGGAUGGUUUGACUGCUCUUUACAAAGCGAUAAUUGGAAAAAAGCACGCCAUAACCAAUCAUCUCCUGAGAAACUCAGCCAAUCCCUUUGUACAAGAUAAUGACGGGGCCACAUUGAUGCACUAUGCUGUACAAACGGCUUCGAUCCCGACAAUUAAAGUACUCUUGUUGUAUAAUGUCAAUAUAAAUCUUCAGGAUAAUGAUGGCUGGACACCAUUACAUCUUGCUGUUCAAACUCAGAGAACUGAUGUAGUGAGGCUUCUGCUGAUUAAAGGUGCUGAUAAGACAUUAAAAAACAAGGAUGGUUUAACUCCACUUGACCUUUGCCUUUACUCUGGUCAAAGUGUCAGAAUAUAUGAGAUAAUCAAGUUGUUGAAGCGGCCUCAAAGACGCGCUAGAAAUGCGCAACAGAUCGAGCAAAGAAACAAUACAUCUUUUGAAGAUUUGGACUAACAAAUGAAGAAUAGCCCUUGCUAAGUUUUGCAUGGCAGGUAGUAGCAGUCCUUCAGCAUAUGGAAACUAUAGCUUUAGGACAUGAAUGGUAUUGUAUUAUAUUAAAAUUUAUAUUCAAAAUGUGAUAGGAAAGUAGAACAGUUUCCACCGAAAAAGAAAGAAAAACAUGCCCAAUGAAAUCACAUAUAUUCUUUAAAAGUAAUAAAUGUGAUGUAUUCCUGCUAUGCAUAUUAUUUUACGUGGAAACCAGUAGCAAAAAGAAACAUCAACAUCAUUAAAGUCGAAAUAUCUUUGUGGGGUCAUCAUAUUUUUUUGUUUCCAUUUC